AACCCCGCAUACCCGUAGUGUCUCGGAUAAACACCGGUUCACACCCCACCUUCUCAUCAGUCACCGUUUUUAUUCAGACCUCAUUCAAUCCAUCGAGAGGAGCAAAUCAAGCUCUAAAUACGAAGGCUGAAAACAUCCGUCCGUCGACAGCUUCCAAGCUUUCAGCUCAAGAUCAACUUUGAAGCUUUGAAACGGCAAAAAUGGCAGCAGUGACGAAUAUCAAUAUAUCGAGUGUACCUACCAAAAUAGAGGUAUUGUUUUCUAAUAUUCUACCUUACCAUUCACUAACGAAAUCUCAGGUUGUCGAUCGAUUAAAAGCAAGCAGUGGAAAAGGCACGUUAGUCUUGGUUAUUCAUCCCCGCCAUCAGAAUGAUACUGACACAAUUCUAUCAGUACCAUGUAUGGUCUUUCAGAUCAAGUCACUCUUCUUCAGCAUGACCCUAUAUUUGCUUCCUUGAUUGGCGAAGCCCCAUCACAUUCUCUUCUAUUUUCCACCGCCGGCUCAACCAACAAUCCUUUCUUUCACGAGGCUUGUGUCUUGUUGCCUGAUCACGACGAACUUUACAUUACAUCCAAUCUCCUCCAAGCUUCUAGCUCCGCAAACUUCCCCACUAUUUUGAUCUCCAGAAUCAAGCUCCAUCGCAAUGAGGAUGGAAGCAUCAAAUCUGCAGACUGGGUAAAAAUGCGUCCUCCACCAGGUAUCGAUAUGCCGAAUGGUGGUGUCAAUUACCAAGAUGGGAUUCUCUUCUGUGCUCAAGGAAAUACAAAUGUAAGCUCGGGUGGUAUUUAUUAUAUGCCACGAUCUUCACCUCCAAAACCUAUGGUUACCAAUUUUCAUGGGAGACCAUUCAAUUCGGUGAAUGAUGUUGUGGUAGCUAAAGAUGGCAGCAUUUGGUUUACAGAUCCAUGUUAUGGGUGGGAGCAAGAUUUUCGACCAAGACCUAAGUUACCUUGUCAAGUCUAUAGAUUUGAUCCUGUUACGGGAGAUAUUAGAGUUCUCGCAGAUGGAUUUGGUAGACCGAAUGGAAUUGCUUUUUCGGUGGAUGAGUCAGUGAUUUAUAUUACGGAUACAGAUCAAAUUCAUGGAGAUGGGACUGAAGAUUUAACGCGGUAUAUAUCUUUUUAAACCUUCUGAUUAUGGGCCUUUUACUGAUCAAACAUAGCCCUGCUACUAUAUAUGCGUACGAUGUUUAUAUAUCUUCAGGUACACCUUUUCUCAUCAACCGAAGAGUAUUCGCAUAUGCAGCAGAUGGCUUCCCAGAUGGUAUCAAAUGUGAUAUUCAUGGUAAUGUUUACUCUGGCUGUGGGGAUGGCGUCGAAGUCUGGAAUUCAACCGGGACUUUGAUUGGAACAAUUUUAGUUCCUGGCGGUGUAGCCAAUUUUUGUUUUGGAAAGGAUGGAGAAAUAUUCUUAUGCGCUGAGCAGAAAUUUUGGAGAUUACAAUUGGCAAGGACAACAAAAGGUGCAUUGCUUGGUAUCUAGCUUAGUCGGAUUACGAUUUGAUAUGCAUGGUUUUGCAUGUUCUGGAUGAUUUUGUGCAUUCAUAGAUCUUGUCGAGUCACAGACGUUAAUCUUAUCUCAUAAAUCUAAUCAUUCUAGAAAUUAUCUAAAUUCCCUCACAAUAUACUGGAGGAGUUGACCCUCAUCUUCCUUUCCAUAGCCGUAUGCAUCCGUACAAAUUUUUUGUUGAAAAUAUAUCCAGAUCCUAUUCUUGACCUCCUCAAAAUAGCAACAUUUAAAAAAGCACCACACUAUCCAAAAC